AUGACUAUAGCAGAUUCAAUAAGAAAUAUUUUAAAAUAUAAAAAUAAUAUAGAGAAUAAUAACAAUAAUAAUAUAGAUAAAAAAAAUGAAACAUCAUCCUCAAUAAUACCACCAAAUGAAGGGGAUGAUGAUAAUAAAAAUUUAACAGAGACAGCAGAAGAACAACCAAAAAAAACAUCAAAAUAUUUAGGUGCAUUUAUCCAUAAACCAUCCAACAAACUUUGCAGAGAAAAUGUGGAAAAAGUUUUAAAAGAAGAUCCUAUUUUACAUUAUAUAAUAAAAGAAAUGAUGUCAUUAGGAUGUUUACCACCAAUUAUUAAAUGUGAACCAUGUGAUAAUAGUGAAUCAUAUGGUAGUUAUUCCCCAUAUAAAGGUAUUUUAAUUUGUGACAAUAUUCAAACUUUCCCAUUAAAUAUUAGAAACUCUGUAGUUCACGAGUAUAUUCAUGCAUACGAUAUUUGUAAAAAUAAAUUUGAACCAACAAAUUGCGAACAUAUAGCUUGCACCGAGAUUAGGGCAGCUAAUUUAAGCGGUGAUUGUAAAUGGCAAAUGGAAGCACUCAAAAAAAAUUAUGGUGUCACUGGUCAUCAAAUAGAAUGUGUAAAAAGAAGAGCCAUAGGUUCACUAAAAUUAAAUCCAUUAUGUAAAGGGGUUGCUGAAGAAAUGGUUAAUAAAGUUUGGAGCAAAUGUAGCGAGGAUUUUUAUCCAUUCUCUUCAAUCCCAAGAGAUUAG